UGGCGGGCGGGUGAAGCAGCUCCGACAGCUUGUUUUACGUACUGAUUCUUUUUAACCUUUAUGUAAAAUUUAAUCAMGCUUCAAAAUGGCUGUCCAUCGUCCUACAUUAUUCAACCUUAUGAAYAGCAUCGUUGGAGUCAGUGUUUUGGCAAUCCCGUUUUGUUUUCAUCAGUGUGGAAUAAUUCUUGGUUGCCUGGCUAUGAUACUUAUGAUGUACAUAACCAAAAAGACAUGUUUGUUAUUACUAUUAUCGGCACAACUUGCAAGAAGAAGGAGCUAUGAAUCUUUAGCACAAUUUACUUAUGGCAAUGCAGGAAAACUUGCAGUUGAAGCAUGCAUUAUAGGUUUAAUGGCUGGCACGUUGUGUGCUUUUAAUGUAAUUAUAGGCGACCUUGGUCCUAAUAUAGUCCAAAGUUUAUUUGCUAUUGAGGUCACUCCCACUAUAAGAGCCACAAUUAUGAUCUCACUUGCUUUUGGCGUAGGUCUACCACUAUCUUUAAUGCGAGAUAUCUCUAGUUUGGCAAAUUUAAGUGCUGUUUCAUUGUGUUUCUAUGCUUUGUUUGUCGCUCAGGUUAUUUUUAAUUCAUUACCCCACUUGUUUUCCGGYGAGUGGUUGAGCACUAUUAAUCUAUGGAAGCCKGCUGGUUUUUUGCAAAGUCUAUCAAUCUUUGCUUUAGCUUUCUCUUGCCAAACGCAGUUGUUUGGUCUUUAUGACUCAAUUCCAGAGCCAUCUGUGAAGAAAAUGGAUGUUGUUGUUCAUGUAGGAAUGAAUGCCGUUUGCUGUGUUUAUCUGAGUGUUGGCUUUUUCAGCUAUGUGACAUUUUAUGAUGUUGGAGUCAAGGGUGACAUCUUGACCAAUUAUGGUGGUUCUUCUUUAGCUAUUUUACUGAAAAUGGGAUUUAUGCUGUCAGUGAUUGUAAGCUUUCCUUUGAUGGUAUUUCCAAUGCGAGCCAGUAUCAACUCCCUUUUAUUCCCAUCUCAGACUGCUGGUACAGAAAACAUGCCAGGAGGGCCAGGAUACAUGCCACAAAACCGCUUUGUCUACAUAACUGUAACAGUCAUUAGUCUCACUUUAUUAGUUGGAGUUCUUAUUCCACAAAUUGAGUUUAUUCUUGGCCUCACUGGAGCAACAAUGGGAACAAUGAUCAGCAUGAUCUUGCCAGCAUCCAUGUUUCUAUACGUUGUCCAAGAAACAAAAGGAGAACACAGAACCACGGCCAAGAUUAUUCUAGCCGUCGGAUUCACUUGCCUAAUAGCAAGUACAUAYACCACGUUAACUUCAACKGAAAGCCACCAUCAUGACGAAAAUACCUUACAGCAAAGCGCUAAGAUUCCAGUGGAGCACGUCCACCAAGAUAUCAAAAUUCCUUCUAAUCUUUCUGACCUGAAGGCUGUCAAGCCACCACCCUCUGCUUUUAAAAUUUCCAAAGACGURRCCGACUCGAAAGGUGUUAAAGCUGAUGUAAAAAAGGUGGAUGAAAAGGUAGAAGUUGACGAGAAGAGGAAAGAACCAGCCUUGCCAAAUCCACCAGAUGACAAGAAAGAUGGUGGUGAUGUUGACAAGGGUGGUGAUCCUUUGAAAGGCAUUAAGGCUAUCGUGGAAGAWAAAGAUGUCAAAGAGGUGAAGAAGASCGAGAAGGGWGCAGAUCCUUUGAAUGAAAAAAGACAGCUUAUGAGUACUGAUGAUUCCAAGGGAAGCGAACCCCUUAAAUCUCCUCUUGCUKCUGAGAAAAAUCUUCUGGCCUCGCAGCAAUCUCACGAGAACAAGAACUAUGUCAAUGAAUCCAAAAACAUUGAUAAGAAAGAUGUUAAAAAACCUGAUACAAGGRCUAAACGAGAUGUCGAAGAAAAACCAAAGGAAAUUAAUUCUGACACGUCAACAGAAACUGUCAUGAGAAAGGAUAGCGGUGKUAGCACGAAGUCAACAGAAAUUCUGCCGACUGCUAAAGUAACGGAGUCAUUGAAAAACRGUAGCGUUGUUAUURUUGAACCAAAGUCUCUUCCUGUAGAACCUGUCUCACCCACUGAAACUGCAAAAGUCGACGCUUCAUCCUUGGACCCUCAUGUUGGUAACGAGACAGGAAAGAUCAUMAAGGGAAGAGAUCUCAAGUCAAGCGAAGUCAUCGGGAGAAAGCUCCAUUCUGUGCAACCUCUAAGGUCAUUAUGGGAACAAAGGUUAAAGAAACAUCGUUCCUUAACAAUAAAAAGAAAGAAGAGAAAGAUUGGAUUGAGUUGACCUAUGGAGUAUCCACUCAAGGAGUACAACUAGUUUUAUAAUUAAAAAUGAUACCAUUCAAAUGGAAUUUUAAAUCGUUUAUUUAUGGUGCAAGGAUUUGCAAUAUGUGUGUACAAACACUUGAAAAACCUCGUCAAACAUUAAUGUUUAAAACUACUGCAUAGAAAUAGUUCAUGAAUCCACAAGUUGAAAUAAUUUCAAACUGCACAUUUCUAAUCUACGAGUUAAGGUUUAAAGAUUGAUAUUUUCGAUUUAGUACGUCAGAAGCAUGCAUCGCAGUUUUUGUAGUAGUUGGAUUCAGUAGCACUAAGUUAGAUUAUAAAUCGUAGUAGUGUAUGGGGUACUAAUGAGACGGUGAUAUCCCAAACUCCACUUCGGUCUGAGCUUCUAUGAUGCUUUCUUUAUGAUAUAUCUUUUGAAAGUUGUUGUAUGCUAUGACAAUUUGUUUCUUGUAAGUAGAUUCCUCUUGUAAAGAAUUCACAAAGAAUAGAAAAUAUCAUGUAACUAAAACUUUAAGUAAUAAUAAAAUAGAAUAAAUAAU